GAGAAUGCAGUUUCUUGGUGUAUCUGCCAUGGCUCCCCUCCCUAGACCUACUCUUUGGUCCAAAGUGGGCGGGUCUGCUGCAGUGGCAUCUCUACCUAUUCCCAGACCCGUUGCCAGACCUGUGGUUUCUGGGACUCCUGCUGUGGCUGAUGGGCUUGAUUCCGAGCCUUGGCUUGAGGGUAGCAGACAAGGGAGGCCACUGGGGCAAGGAAUGAGAGGCAGAAAGGAAGCUUACUAGCGAGUGGUAGGGUUCUGAUAGGUGAAGGGCGGUUCUGCAUUGGUGGUGAAACAAUGCUACGGCAAUGCCUAAUUCUU